UUAGAUGGAUGGGCUUUUAAAAACAAUAUUGUUAUUAAAGAUCACAGAAGCCUUGAAGAUCGACAAACCGCAGCACGAUUUCUUCAGAAAAAGAAUCCUUUAUGUCCAGUGGUUUUAGACACAAUGGAAAACCUGAGCAGUUCAAAAUACGCCGCAUUGCCAGAAAGACUGUAUCUACUUCAAGGAGGGAAGGUCAUCUACAAGGGAGGACCAGGGCCUUGGAAUUAUCAUCCCCAGGAAAUAGGUGCCAUACUGGAAAAACUGAAGUAG